GGCGUGUGCGGCAGGCUGAGCUGCACCGCAGCGCAUACACUACAAUGGCUGCUGGAAAGAGGGGAAAGCAAACAAUUUCCAGGCCCGCCGCGUCCAGCCCGAAAUAUGGGGAAAAAAUUACAGAAAAAUCGGAGAACCCUGUAAAAGGCGGGAAGCGGGCGCUGAAGGGAUGCUGAGGCUCCCGGGAUCAGCAAAAAUGGGAAGCAGUAGAUUCUGGUUUACUUCUAGAAAUGUCAGUGGAACUGGUUAAGACCAAAAUCUGAAGGUUUAUCUUCGUUGCCCAUCACCAGGUGUGCACUGACAGAGGCUACCAUAAAACUAUUUUGAGUAUGAACAUCUUUUAAAAUGUCCCCUUUUGCUUUCUUUAACGACCACAUGAAACUUGAGAAGCCAUCUAAAGCUAAAUCAUUUAGUGGAGUUGGGCAGUUCCCAAGUGUCCAACAAGAAGGCCUGGUUUAGGCUGCGAUGGCCACUGUCAUUCCUGGUGAUUUGUCAGAAGUAAGAGAUACCCAGAAAGUCCCUUCAGGGAAACGUAAGCGUGGUGAAUCCAAACCAAGAAAAAACUUUCCUUGCCAACUGUGUGACAAGGCCUUUAACAGUGUUGAGAAAUUAAAGGUUCACUCAUACUCUCACACAGGAGAGAGGCCCUACAAGUGCACACAACAAGACUGCACCAAGGCCUUUGUUUCUAAGUACAAAUUACUAAGGCAUAUGGCUACUCAUUCUCCUGAGAAAACCCACAAGUGUAAUUAUUGUGAGAAAAUGUUUCAUCGAAAAGAUCAUCUAAAGAAUCACCUACAUACACAUAAUCCCAAUAAAGAGGCCUUUAAGUGUGAAGAAUGUGGAAAAAACUACAAUACGAAGCUUGGAUUUAAGCGUCACCUGGCUUUGCAUGCUGCAACAAGCGGCGAUCUCAACUGUAAAGUAUGUUUGCAGACAUUUGAAAGCACAGGGGUGCUGCUGGAACACCUAAAAACUCAUGCAGGAAAAUCAUCAGGUGGAGUGAAGGAGAAAAAACACCAGUGUGAACAUUGUGAUCGACGGUUUUACACCCGAAAGGAUGUCCGAAGACACAUGGUUGUACACACUGGAAGAAAGGACUUCCUCUGUCAGUAUUGUGCACAGAGAUUUGGCCGGAAGGAUCACCUAACACGGCAUAUGAAGAAGAGUCAUAAUCAAGAACUUUUGAAGGUCAAAACAGAGCCAAUGGACCUUCUUGACCCAUUUACUUGCAAUGUUUCUGUGCCUAUAAAGGAUGAGCUGCUUCCAGUGAUGUCUUUAUCUUCCACUGAACUGACAUCAAAGCCAUUUACAAACACUCUACAAUUAAACCUAUAUAACACACAACUUCAGUCCAUGCAGAGUUCAACAUCUGCACACCAAAUGGUUGCCACAUCAUUACCUUUAGGAAUGCCUUGUCCAAUAGAUAUGGAAUCAAUCCACCCUUCCCACCAGCUUUCUUUAAAAUAUCCACUCAGUUCUACCUCAUAUACAGUUUCUAUGACUGAGAAAGACCAGCCAUUAAAAGGGGAAAUGGAAAGUUACUUAAUGGAACUGCAAAGUGGUAUGCCUUCUUCAUCCCAAGAUUCUCAGGCAUCAUCAUCUAAGUUAGGAUUGGAUCCUCAAGUAGGUCCACUAGAUGAUGGAUCUGGAGAUGUUUCUCUUUCCAAAAGUUCUGUUUCUAUAAGUGAACCUCUAAGCAACCCAUCACUGGACUUCUCUCAGUUAUUCAAUUUUAUACCAGUAAAUGGACCUCCUUUUAAUCCUUCUGUUUCUGUGGGAAAUCUUGGAAUGAGUUAUUCACAAGAGGAGGCACACUCAUCUAUGACUCAGCUUCCUCCACAGGCACAAGACCUUCAAGACCCUGGUAAUGGUAUUAGUCUUGGGUCUCUUCACUCAUUGUCUGCAGCUUUCACUAGCAGUCUAAACACAACCACAACUCUACCACGUUUUCAUCAAGCGUUCCAAUAAGAUGAGAAAAUGGCCUUGUGACAAAUCUGUAGAAAUGCCUUAGAUGACUUUAAAUACUGUAGUGCCUAUGUCAUUUACCAUUGUAAAUCUACUUUUGUACAGUACCAGUCUCAUUAAGCCAGUAUAAGAUUCAAAUUGACUUUUAAAAUAGUUUGAAUGUGUUUGUUCAUAGUUGUUUACUCUGGUUGUUAAAACAAUCUGUAUCUUCACUGCCAAUAGAUCCACAAAUUUUAAAAAGUUUAUGGAAAAAAUAUUUCCAGAACAUUAUGGAUCUUUUGUUUUAAAGCUUCAUUGAGAUUUUAUAAUUUUUAUGAUAAUUAAAUGUGACUCUUCUGAUAAUUUUAAGAAAGAACAAAACAUUAAAAAUUUAAUUUCAUGAAAAAUUUAUAAAACAAUUGAAACAAUGAUUUAUAAAUGAGUACAUUUGUUACCAGUGUGAAAAAUUGUUCAGCUUUUUACAUGUAGAUUUUUUGGAAGGUCUGAAGGACCUAUUAUUUUUCUUAAAUAAUUUCACAAUUAGGGGUGUAAAUGUAUUUCUUCAUUUAAGUGCAAUUACAAGAAGAAUGAUUUGGCAAAAAUAGUAUGCCUUAUUGGCAACUCUAAAUAGAGACAAAAUUAAGAGCUUGCAUUGAAAUAUACAUAUUUUUGUUUCAUCAUUCUGUAAAUAUCUCAUUUCUUAUUCUCAUUUAAAAGAUAAGUCUGCCAAAAGGUUUCAUGUUGUUGAUUUCAAUUUGAAGUUAGAAAAUGAAUGUAAAUUCACAAAUAUACUUUUUCCAUAAUUACAUUGGAGCUAAUCACUUUUGAGUUGUAUUUCAUGACAUAUAUUGUCCCCUGUGCAAGAUCUUUGAUGGUAAGCUUCCUUACUAUACACCUGGGUAUUUGGCUAGUGAUUUUUUUUUUUCAAUGCCAAGAAUUUAAAACAGGACUCUCAGGAGUGAAGUAAAAGCAUAUUGCUUAUGCCACUUUUACUUAAUAUUCAAGGUAUUUAGAAAAACUAAUAGCAAAACAGCUAUUCAUGCUGUAUGUCAAAUUGCUAUUCCUUUUCAAAACACAUUCUUAUAUCCCCAGUAACCAAAAGAAAGAAAAACUGUGAUAUAAAAAUGGAAAAUGUACUUUUGCUGUAAUUUGGAAACAUAUCCACUGAUACCUUUAGACUUUUAAGUCAUGUAAUUAUCUCUAUUCAUUAGUGUGGUUAAAUACAUGAGUAGUUAAAGGAAAUAUAUUUAGCAGAAACAAAGUUGCUCCCAUUAAGGAGCUUUGGCUCCUAAUAUUUGUAUCAUAAGUUCCUACUUUAUUGUAGGAGCAAUAUGCAGGUAUGAUUUUACUAUUUUAUACUGAUGUAUUUAAAUUUUAUUACUGAAUAGUAACUUUUUAUAAGUGUUUUGUUCCAAAGGCAUUAAAAUAAGGAUGUAUUAAUAAGGAAAAGACCUUUUCAAAUUUUGUAAGCUGCUCCAAUAUGCUGUGAGAAUACUUUCUCAAAGUAGUCAUUAGCUCUGCUGCAUGAUUGCUUCAUUUAGUUUCUAUGAAACAGAUUGCUAAAAUGUAUCUUAAAUGGAAUGAUUUGUUCAAUAUUGCUUUUUGGGCUUUUUAGCACCAUUAUUUUAAUCCCAGGGUGGGGGUAUUUCAGAAAGGAAAUAUUUUCAAAGGACUCGUAUUCUACAAGAAAUGUAAAUGUCCUUAUGUGCCUUUUUUGUAGAUGGUGAUUACUUUCAACCCUUAAAAACAGAAUUGGCUUUAGCUUCAUUGUCUUGAUCCCAGUUUUUUUCAUUACUCGUAAUUAUUUGUGUUCCUAGGAAAAUACUGUCAUUAGACAGUUAAUUGAAAACAAUUUCACUCAUUAAAGAAGUGAAAUGAACCAAUUUUAACCUAUCAGUUUUUCAUAUUUACCACUACAUUACUUAUAAUUUUUGACAGGGUUGGUAUGUAUAAAGCAUGUUAUAACAAUAUUAUCUGUUUCAGUAUUAGUUGCUGGUCACCUUGUUUUUUAAAAAAGAUAUGAACUAGUUUUUUCAGUAAUCCUUGAUCCAUGUUAAAAGUCCAUAUUGUUAUGACAGCUCUUUCAGGUUCUGGAAUGGGAUUAAUUAGAGAACAGGUGCAUUUCAAAUUAGCAAUAGAAUUUCAGACAAGAUAUUGAACCUCAUUCAGUUAGUACUUUGGUAAAUGGCUACAUCUUGUGUGACUGCCACUGAAGAUGUAUGAAUAUAUGGAAGCAGAAUGACAGUGUGGGCGUUAUUUACACACUAGUGCUUUAUGACUAUAAGUUAAGCAGAGACAUUGUUUGGAAACUUUAAAAUGUCAGUUUUAAAGCCUAUUUUAUAAUUACCAGGUUAACUCUUAAGAAUGAAGUGUUGUGUGUGCUGGCUGCUCAUACACCACACUUUGUAUGCUACGGAUUUAAAAAUAUUAUAUAUAUAUACAUAUAUAUAUAUAUAAAAUUUGCUUAUGUUUUAUUAGUAGUGAAUUGUGGAAUAGAGUGAUUUAUUCAUUUGACAGUAGAGGUUUUCAAAAACCAUAUACUGACUAAAACAUGAGCCAGACCUGAUUGCUUUAUUAAGCUAAUAAUGAAUGUUAAGAGUACAUAUUUUCAGGAUUUUACCUAGUGAGCUCUAUAUGUAUUUUACGCUCUGUGUGUGUGUGUGUGUGUGUGUGUUUUAAACUAAAGCUCGAUCAAUUUCUGUGUUACACAUAAUACAAGAUAUAGCACUUUCAAAAUAAAAAUAUAAAACUUAUAAAAAAUUCUUGCAGGUUAUGCUUUCUGCUUUUUUAAAAAAUAUUACUUUUUCAAGUGCCAUUAGAUGACAUAUGCAGGCCUUUGAUAUAAUGCUUUGGGUACAAUAUGGUAAACAGUGUAACUAUUAAUAGGUACAUCAUAAAGUAUUCUUUUUUAUCAAUUUGCUCUAUUGCACAGAACUAGAGUGUCUUUUUAAAGAGUUUUACAGUAGAUUCCUAGGUUUACACUUUUCAACAAUAUCUUUUAAUGCCAUUUAAUAUCAGUCCAGUAAAUGGAGUGGUUAACCAUAUUUAACUGUAUACAUAGAACUUGGAGGUUGCAGUCAUGUGCCCACAAUUGUUAGCGGAAUCCCAUACAAUUAAAUGGGAAUGACAUUAAGCACAGGGUUUUAGACUUAACAGCUCAGCCCUGUAAAUUUUAUUUGGAAUACCUUUUAAGUUUAGUGAAAUAUAUUCUAUGCAUUAUUCAUAGAAGUGAAAUUUUCAGAAUGUUAAUAAACAGAAUUUCAAAGUGUGAUAAUCCUGCCACGCAGUGCUGUUGUUGAAAUUUAACACAGGCUGAUCUUACAGCUAUUAAUAUAUAAAAAAAGGAUGAAGCUCUUAAUUAUAUGUCUCAUACACUGGUUGAUCAGAUUAAAAUAAUGUGCCUCUGAAUACAAAGAUCUCUACAUUUACAUUAGAUGUAAAUGAAUGAGCUGUCUAUCAACAUCAUAUCGGUAUACAGUAAGUUAACCACCCAUUUGAAAUUAGAGAUCAUUUAAUGUAAGUCAUGUUGAUUAACAUACCCUUCACCUUUAUAAAGGUGCCCACAUGUUGAAAGUCCUUGAUUUUCAAUAAAUAUUUGACCCUAAUUAACACAGAACUAUUGUUAACUGUAUGCAAAGAUUUUUUCAGUAUCUGCAUCAGUGGUACAAUUGAACCAGAAUGAAUGUUUAUCUUCUCAGAAACACUCCUACAAAUAUAUUAUAGUGGAUCAUGCUGCUAAUAUAACUUAGGAUACAACUCCUCUCAUGGUGCUACAGAUUUCCCUGUCUCAUUUAGACUGAUGUAUUUUUAUCCAUAGAGAAAGGCCUAUACUAGAUUUAUAGAUGUAUAUUUUUAUACUGUGACUUAAUAUGUCAUUAAUGAAUAUUGUAUACCACAAUUUUUUCAUACACACUUUCAAAAAGUAGAAACUUGGACAUAUAUGCCCAAAUAAACCUAUCAUCCAAACUAAAAUGAAUGGGGCUUUUAAUAUGGUGUGAAGUGAAGAACAUACUUGUUUAUAAAAGCUCUUAAAUAUUGACAGACUGGGAAUUAACAUAAAAAGGAUGACAUCUGAAACAAGCCUGGAUUGCUGAAAUUAUAUUUUUAGAUAGUGAGAAAUGUUUGAACUUGUGUGCUAAAAAGUUUGAGUGAUAACAGAUUUUGAGUCAAAAUAGAAAAAUGCAUUCCAGACUGAAUAUGUGUAUUUCAUUUAAAAUUACUAUCCUGUGAUAUGGAAAUUUGUGUUGCUUAUCAUGUAUAUGUACUUUACAAUGUAUUCACAAACUACUGUUGUAUUUGUAUAAAAUAUAGACAAAAGAUUGCAUAUAUAUUUUUGUGUAUAAGCUCUGUAAAAUAGCUAUCACAUUAUGAAGCUGCAGCAGAAAUUCAUUUUAGACAUUCAUAUCCAAAGAAACAGACUAUUUAUUGUCCACAUACCCUGAUAAAAAUAUAACUUGCUGCUAUUAAACAAUAGUGCUGCAGCUUCUUGCGGCCUACAGUGUUAUGUUUGCUGUACAAAAAAGUAUGUGAACUCCACAAAAUAUCAAUAAAACUACAAAUGGUUUUAGUUAUGUACAAGAUACGCCUGGAUUUAAGCUGCUGUAUGUUGUUUAUCUGUUUGUUGGGGUAACAAUGUCUUUGAGCUACGUUUUAAAUUUGUGGAUAAUUGUCAAUUUUACUAUUUGACAGAAGAAUGUUAAAUAGCAAAAACUGCAUCAUUUGGCCCGAGAAUAAGGGAAACUGCUGGGUAAAAUGCAUACUCCACAUUCAGAAAUUCCUGUAUGUGAGAGAAAAAAGUCCCCAUGCUGCAUUUUAGAACACCUUACAGAUUAUCCUGGAUUUUUAUUUUGUUUUGUUUUUUGGCCUUUGAAUCGGUUUUUAAUUCCUGGAGAUUGCCUGGACUAGUCACUGCAGUAUUCUUGGCAAGGUUUUAAGAAAUGGCUUGCCAUGGCUGCUUCCUUGAGCUGAGAGAAAGUGUGUAGCCCAAGGUCACCAGCUUUGUGCCAAAGGCGUGACUGGAAUUCACAGUCUCUUGAGUUCAUAGCCUGAUGUUUUAACCUCUAUACCAAACUGGCUGUG